AUGGCAAAAUCAAAAGCUGUGUCUACAAAGACCGGCCAGACCAAGCACCCUUCAAUUAUUCCAGCCAAGAGUCCACAGACUGCAAACAGCCCCGACCGUGGCGAUCAAUCUGGAAACACUUUACGACGAUCAAAACGUUUGCAAGGUAUGCCAGUACCAACAUUCAAUCCUGAGCUGCCGGCAACAAUCCAAGCAAUGCCUAGCAAAACCAUGCUAUCUGCACCAGGAUUGCCCUUCGUUAAAGUAGUGCCGGAUGGAGCUGUCUCAUUAUCUGACAGUGGUCCCACCUUUAUCGGAGCCACUGACAGUGAUGAAACCUUAGGCGAUCAUGCUUUUGAGGAGACACAGUCUUCGUCCACAAAGCCUGAUAUCUCGACCAAACCCGUGCUUAAUGAGCCAGACAUUGACACUUUCAGCGAAUACAAUGGGACAGAUAAUGAGAAUAGCGAUAACUCUGACGCCGAGCAGAAUAACGAUGAGGGAAACAGUCGUCCCUCUAAGAAACCUUCAAGGUCUAAGCAAGACAAUCUUGGCGCCGCUUUGGUCAAAUCAAAAAAGCGCAAAGCAGCUACGUCCGGUGGAAAGAAGACUGCCAAAACAGCACUUGCUCCACCGCCGAAAAAGAAGCAGAAAGUUAACGCUCCAACUCCCAAGAGGCAACGCAAAGCUGGCAAUCCAAAAACCAAAACCGCAAAGGAGAGAUUCCUGGCAGCGUCCGCCGAAGACACACGUCCCUUACCAUGGGGUGAGCCUGAAGUGUGGGCAGAGACCCGUCCUGAGCUUUGCGAAGCUCUUCCUUGGUUUCGUUGCUGGCAGGGCGCUGGCCAUACUCAUGGUGGAUUUGUUUUUGGGAUGCUGCUUGAUGAGGACCAGGGUGAGCGUGCAUAUAUGGAUGAGCACGUCACGAUUACCAGAGCGGGAGGCGGCAUUGGAAAGAACGAUUUGGGCGAGAUCUGCCAAAUCAAAGACCACGACUCGGAGAAUGGGAGAAUAAAAGCCUUCAUCAACAACGAGAAGGAGAAAAUACCUAUGCAUCUGAUUAUAGGGCAAAAUAACAUUCAUUGCCCAUCCAGGAUCCCCCACCGAUACUGUGUGACCCCAGAUGUCCACAUCACAGAUCACUGGGACGAAAAGAGCAACGGUCAUGUCGUUGUCAAGUUCCGGUUCGAGAAAACGGACCUUGACAAAAAGAGUUGGUAUGCCGCUGAGGGUUCGCCAGAGUUUCACGUCCCCACCAGUAUCAAGGCCUUACGUAAGGAAUGUUCUAAAUGCAAUGUCACAAAACCACAAGUUUUUAUGUCAGGAUGGAUGUGCCUUAACGGCAAGUGUGUCUCAUUCUGGACGCUCAACGACAUCCUUGCGCCUGAGGCUCAGGAUUAUAAUCCUGCAUUUGUGGAGGAGCGUCAGACUUUUGACGGCUUUAUACCACCAUAUGCAAUGAAACCCGAGCUGAUCCAGCCCAAUGCGACUCACGGUCAGGCUUUCCCUGCGACUAGACAAUGCUGGGAGGGCAUUGUCUGUAAGCUCUGCGGUCGAUGCAAUUUAAGACGACACUGGGAUGCUUGGAGGUGCCGCACUGAAGGCUGCCCAUUUGUGCAUAAGCUUCCGAUGGAUGUGAUUCCAGCCUCAAGUGUGAUGGGAGAGGCUGGCUAUGGCUUUCAAGGUCAUGGCGUGGCCCAAGACAAGAUUUUGGAACCGAGUAUCAAUUGCGAGGUACGAAAGCAUGGCUUAUACCGCGAGUGUGUCUACCAGCUCGGCGAUGGGCUUAUUAUCACCCACCUCAACUCCAACAACGUCAUCAACAGUGCACCUGGUGGACCGGACGAUCUCUUCUGCCACUUACAGAAGGAAGAUAUUGGGCUCGAGAGGCUGCCAAUGAAACAGAGCGUUGUGGAACAAACGUAUUCGAGGCAUUUCAGUCACAACUUCGGGAUGCCCUAUAAGUACGUCGUGGGACACGAUAACUCAACAAGCCUUGCAGACGCUCCUGAUGGUAUCAAGGAGGCUGUGCGUCGUAUGACCUGGGCUGCAAAGCGCACCGUCGCAGAUGAAGAUUUUGUAGACUUCAACGAGGUUCUUGCGAUUGGAUACUUCGAAUCCAUGAAGAUGAAUUAUCACGACGAUGGUGAGAUAUCGCUCGGUCCUACGGUCGCUUCGAUUUCAUUGGGCUGCCCAGCCAGGAUGAAGUGGCGCCUUAAGAUGAGAUACUGGUGCGGUUUCAAGGAUAAGGGGCGUAAACACUACGAUCCUAACCAGCCCAUCCUGCGCGGUUGUCGUAAACCUGAAGAGCGCCGCAAACUGAACGAAUUGGCGAAGACAGUGAGCACUGCCGAGCUUGAUGCGGCUGCUCAAGUGGCCUUGGCUUUUGACAAGGGAGAAUCGAAGACACCUCCCAGCGGUCUUAGAGUUGGACCUCCGACAUGGUGA